AUGUUAGAUAAGAGGUGUGAGGUUUGUGGUGAAGAGGAGAAGGAUCUAGCCCAUAUCCUAUUUCAUUGCCUCAGAGCUAGAAGGGCUUUGAAGGACGACAAGGAGGUGCAGAGCUGGUCUAAAUCAUUGCCUUUGGCUGAACAUGAGAGAGAAGCUCUUCUGCAGCCUGUCAGGACAUCGACAAAGGGUUUGCCAUUGAUAACUUUGAAAGUGGUGAAUUCUCGAGCAUCAUCCCCGAGAACCGUCGCCGGAAGAUCAUCUAGCAGCAGUCUCAAAGGGACAUAUAGCAGCAUGAACAAAGGAGGAGUGGGCCUCGGAGUUGGAGCCGGUGGCGGCAGUGGGCUGACCGCCGCUGCAGCGGCGGCGGCGGCACAAAAACAGAAAACCCUUCUGCAGAGAGUGGACACAGACAUUGGAAAUCUUGUUGACAAUUUUGGGUACAUAGUCAAUGUGACUCGGGUAUGCUGA